GAUGUGUGCCGUCGCCUUUCCAGCUUUCUCUUUCUCUCUCUUUGCAUCUGACGCCCUGCUUCUUCGUUCUGGCGGGACCCUCGUGCAAACGAAUGCACGCACGUUGAGCAACCACUUCCUACGUGAAAGGGUAGGUAUAUACGUGUAUAUCGGAUUCGUUUUUUUCUUUUCUGAUACCUCACAAGAAGGUCACUUUGCGAUGGCCAAGAAGAGACGGCAGCGUAGCGCCAACGCGGCCGCGGCGCACACCGCCGACGCCACCGUGUCAGCCCGACCUCUCCUAAUCGCCUCCACCACUGUCGUGACCGCGCAGGAGGCGCUGCAAACCGCGUUGGAGAGGCUGGAUGCGAUUGCACAGGAGGCGCACGUUUACACUCGCCAAUUGAAGCAAGCUGAGCUGAGCAACGGGAACAGCGCGCCAGCAGCGGCAACGCCGACGGCCUUUUCUGCUUCCUCGUCUUCGACUGUUCCGCCGCACAAGCGCCCGCGCGAGGAUGGUGACGAUAUCACGGAUAGCAAAGCAGCGCAGGCGGUGGUGGUCACCGCAGCGUCGCUCUCCAACUCCCGUCUGGACGUUUUCGCCGCCACCUCGACGUUGCAGUACCGCACGUUGUGCACCGCCGUGGCCGCCUUUGGCCUGCAGCUGCUGCCGUCCCUCGAGGACGUCUCCAAACGCGUCACGCUGGCGGUCUUGACACCCGCCUUGUCCACACCAGAGGCAUGGGAAACGUUCGCGAUGCUGUGCACGACGUACCGCGCAGGCAUGGCACACCCUGUGAACGAGAUAAUGGAAAGCCUACUGCGUGAACCCGGCGUGUUGCUGCUGGACGCGCCGCAGCUCGUGCCGGCGUGGUACGCGGAGACCUACGUGCACGUGCUGCCCGGCGGCUGCGCAGCGAACACAACGACCGCGACGUUUGGCGGCCUGCUUUCGUUCGCGGAAGAUCAGAAGGUGCGUGACACCUCCUCAGAGAGUGCUCCUGUGCAGCAUCUCGUGCGAGUGCACACGGACCGUGCAGCGCGUAAGCUGUGUGCGUUGGUGGACAUCAUCUACGCCGCCGGCGGCUACGUGCCGUCGUCCACGCUGCAGCAGAUGGCGCUGCGGCACGUCAUGGAAGUGGUGGAGAGCGGCGUGCUGCCGUGCUACCGGAGCGCGUCCGAGUCCGGUGAAGAGACGGUGGCGGUGUUUCACACAUCAUCCGCCGCAGCACCAACCACACCCAGCACAAGCGGACACGCAGAAGCGAGCAGCGAGGGUGCCCAACACGUUCUGCGCUGGCGUGUGCCGCCGGCCUGGCACGCGGUGUGCCUGCAGCUGCUGGAAGCUUUCAUCUUCACUAUCCACCCUGCGGUGCCGGCGCAGCUGCUCGUCGCCGUGUCACACAUUAUGAACGUCGUGUCGGCCCGCUUGCACCGUGGUGUUCCGGUUCUCUGCGACGACGAUGCUCCUUCUACAGAAGAGCCGAAUGAGGGAGCAACGAAGGAGACGAUGGCGCCGCCGUUGCCGGUCUCACACGCAGUCAACGCAGCGGUGGUGCGCCUGGGACACGUACUGCACCUCCUACAGCACCCGGUGGUGCUCGCACCCUAUCAGCCGCCGCAGCUUACGUUGGAGAAGGCGAAGCGGCGUGUGUGGAGUGUCGACACAGAAGCGACGGCUUCGACUCCGACGGCGACCGCAGUAGCAGUGGUGGAACAAAAGGACGCGUCUCCGCCAACGUCUGCGCAGACGGCGGCGGCGGUUCCGGUCGCUCCUGUUCAGGCACCACCCACCUUAGGCGCCGCACCCGUCACAGCAGCUGCACCGCCGACGCCGAGCAGCGCGCCGUCUGUUGAGCGAACGCAACUUGCGGUGAAGCCGACUCCUGCUGUCCCACCAGCUGCGACGCCCGCAGCACCUUCGCAGCAGCCCUCUCCUGCAUCAAAGGUGACAGCGCAUAGCAGACAGAAUGAGGAGGAGGAGAAUGAGGACAUCCCAGACGUUGUCCUUGAGGAUUGA